AUGUGUGAAACCGCUUUAAGGCGAAUACAGAAUGUUCGGUGCUUGACGAAUCGCAAGCAACCCGUCGAUACAUCUUCGCAGCUGCGUCGUAGCAAAUGGUCUCCCAACGCCAGCAUUCGUAGUGUCGAUAUUACACAAGAAAACGAGCAAGGACUAAAGCGCGCCCGGACGUUGUGCGUGCGCAGCGAGGCCCUGGGCGAGCGCGUGCCGCCGCUGCAGCUGCGCAGCGUGCUGGAGGACUACCGCCAGACGCUGGCGGCGCUGGACGCGCGCCUGCAGCGCGUGGAGCGCGAGCGCGAGCGCGACCGGCGCCCCGCCGACUGGCCGCGCGACGCCUACGCCUGGGAGCGCCAGUGGAGCCGCGACCGCGAUCGCAGCUCGGACCGCGACUGGGACCGGGACCGGGAUCGAGACCGGGAUCGAGACCGGGACCGGGAUCGAGAAAUGCACCGCGACCAGGCGCAAAGUCCCGACACUUUCCACUCCUCUCGAACUGCCUGUCAAGAAGAUGAUAUUGCGGGACCAUUUGAUGUGAAUGAUAUUAUCAGAAUGGCACAUAAAAACGGUCUAGAGACUCUUUCGUACGAGCAGUUGGUCGUACUGCACGAGGCGGUUGCGUUGGCCGCCACCCACUCCCCGGCGGGACCCCACGUUGCCGGCGACGAGGAGGACGAGGGCGCCUCCACCCUGGACGCAGAUGUGGACGUCAAGGACAUCGUCGCCGACGUGGACGAAGGCGGGAGCGACGCCGUCACGUCGACGGAUGCGGUCGACGACCGACUUCGUCAGGACGACGAGGAGGCGACGACGGGCUUGCGCUCGCCCAAAGACGACGUCGAGAAGGCAGACGAGGUGGAUCUCAAAGACGAUGACGAGAGUGAGGCGAAGUACGUGGUGCAGACGGAGUUGCCGAAGGAGGUUCGCGUGGAAGAAGAGAUGGCGAGAAAGAACGACAUGCGCGCCCAGCACGAGAGCGACCUCUCGAUCCGCGACGAGGACAGCAGCGGAGACGAGGACGAUGAAGACGAGGGCGCCAAAGAGGGGGAGCACGACGAGGAGUUGAUCGCCAGCGAGAUGCCCUCCACCCGCCCGUCCAUUUCGUUGUCCGACGUGUCCAGCGUGCCCGUGGAAGUGACGCUGCGCUCCGCGUGUCCGCUGUGCCCAGGGGGGGCAACCGAAGACGAGGACCGCGCGCUCAUCGACGCCGCCGCUGCCGCUUGUCGCUUCGCUGCCGAAGAGGGGGCGGUGUGCGCGGUGCGCGUGGAGGGCACGGCCACCAUCUCGGCCUGCGCCGGCGCCAUGGACCGCCUGGCGCGCGGGGGCGUGGCCGCCGCCGGCCGCACGCAGUGGGUCGGCCGAGUGUGUGGAGUGAGUCUUGAUUCACGGCAGUGUCCUCUCGAGGGAGUUGUGGGUCAGCCGAUGCCGCCGCCACAAGACAUAACCCCCAUCUUGCAGCCACUCCCCGAAAUCGAUUCUCAGGUUAACGGGGAAAGUGGAACAGUGGAAGGCCACUGACCACUCACAGUGGCUUUCCAGAUAUUUAGAAGAUUGUGGCUGGCAAAGGUUGAAUUGCAAAGUUCACGUAAUGGUCCAUAUACGACGUGCGAUCUUCUCUGUCUCUUUAUAUUUAUAAUGUCGCACAUGGAAAGAAUUUCAUAACUCUGGCACGUGUGUGGAUGGCACUUACUGUAGCUGUCUUUUAGGUACUACACAAAAAAAUAAAAUAUAAUGCCUUUAUGCAAAUUAUUCAUUUAAGCCUAAUUGUUAUUAUUCUUAAAUAUAUUAGGAUAGUUUUCAAGUCAGGAUUUUCUCAAAAAUUUGUGUUUGGAUUUUUCUCCAACGUCAAGGUUUUGGAAUCUUGAUAGUUAAUUCUAAAACAAAAUAAUUGCAAAAAGUUUCAACAACAAAAGAGGACA